GAUAUCACGUUAAAUAUGAUUACCAAAAACGAUAACUAUACUUCCGCGAACAAUGAGUGCGACGACUACAUGAAGUACGUAAAUCUUACAACUGAACCGAAUCGCUGGAUUUUGGAGCCAUUGGGUAUUUGGCCAUUGAAAAGAGAUUGCGUCGAGGUGUCUUGGAAGGACAAUUUUCUCCGUAGAGGAAAAAACGUGAUCUUUUAUUUUCUAAUGAUUUUUGUCUUUGUAUCUUGCGUUCCUUACGUGAUUUUUGAGGUCGAAAGUCUCUACGAUAAGUUGAAGCUUACCGGUCCAUUGAGUUUCUGUGCGAUGGCCAUUCUCAAGUAUAUCUUUUUGACUAUUCGAGAGGAGGAGAUUCGAUGUUGUGUGAAGUCUAUCGAGAUGGAUUGGAAGAGGAUAACGCAUUUCGAGGAUGAACAAAUAAUGAUCAAUAAAGUUUACUUUGGACGUCGUCUUGUGACUGUUUGCAUCAUUUUCACAUACAGUGCUGCUAGUUUUUAUUACAUUGUCUUACCUUUGAUGAGCGGAAAGGUUUUUGCAUCUGCUAUAAACGUAACAUACAGGCCAGCUCCUUUUCCGGUAGCUAGCUUCUUCAUGGAUAUUCGUUACAGUCCGGCAAACGAAAUUAUUAUCUUUAUUCAAUGUCUUUACGGAUUUGCGGCUCAUUCGAUCGCAGCUGGUACUUGCAGUUUGGCAGCCGUUUUCACGAUGCACGCUUGCGGGCAGCUGCAGGUCUUGAUGAAUUGGCUGGAACACUUGUUGGAUGGUCGGGAAGGCAUGUGCUCCAACGUGGACGAAAGAAUGGCGAGUAUCAUUCAACAACAUGUCCGAAUUUUGAAUUUCAUAUCGCUCACUGAAAAUUUAUUAAAUGAGGUCUCUCUAAUCGAGGUCGUCGGAUGUACUUUAAAUAUGUGCUUACUUGGAUAUUAUUGCAUUAUGGAAAGUAACAUGUCCGAAAGAAUAGGUUGCAUAACGUAUGGCAUAAUUCUUACAUCCGUGACUUUCAAUAUUUUCAUAUUUUGUUACAUAGGAGAGCUACUUAUGGAACAGUGUCAAAUAUUAGGAGAGCGAACGUACGCAAUCGAUUGGUAUCGUUUAACAGGAAAGAAAAGUCAACCUCUUAUUCUCCUAAUCGCCAUGUCGAGAGCAACAACGAAAUUAACGGCCGGAAAUUUCAUGGAGCUUUCUUUGAGUAGUUUCAGCGACGGCUCGUUCGAGAUUUGAACACUGACGACGAGUGCAAGUCUCGAGAAAAACUGUAUAUAAAGUUAUAGCGAUUUCGUAAGAAUGGCAGAAGAAC